AUGGUUCGCAUGGACAAAUUUAGAUUUUUUAAUCUUUGCACGAUACUACGUGCAAAAGGUUACGUUCGUGAUGCAUUACACAUGACUGUGGAGGAGCAAUUGCUUAUGUUUCUGCAUACUAUUGGUCAUAAUCAGCGCAAUCGUGUUAUUGCCCACAAUUUUCUGAGGUCAAGUGAGACGGUUAGUAGAUACUUCCACCAUGUCUUAUUCGCAAUUGGUGAAUUACAACAUGACUACAUAUGGCCACCAAGUAUGCAAACAUAUCCAUACAUAGAAGCGAGGAGAACAUUAUACCCUUACUUUAAGGACUGCAUCGGGGCCUUGGAUGGAACACACAUUCAUGCUUCUGUCCCCGCGAAUGAAGUUGCAGCAUUUCGAGGAAGAAAAUCAUACCCAACCCAAAAUGUCCUUGCAGCUGUAGAUUUUGAUUUGCGUUUCACUUAUGUUCUAGCUGGUUGGGAAGGUUCAGCACACGAUGCUUUAGUGCUUCGUGAUGCUCUUGAACGACCUAACGGACUAAGGGUCCCCGAAGGAAAGUAUUAUCUCGUUGAUGCGGGAUAUGCUACUCGUCCGGGUUUCAUACCCCCUUAUAGAGGGGUUAGGUAUCACUUGAAGGACUUUGGCUCAAGGACUCCUCAAAAUGCUAAAGAGCUUUUUAACUUGCGACAUUCAUCUGCUCGUACCUCUGUUGAGCGUGCCUUUGGUUCUUUAAAAGGGCGCUUCAAAAUUUUAUCUUCUAGGCCUUUUUUCCCAUUUAAGACACAAGCAGAGCUUGUGUUGGCAUGUUGUGUUUUACACAAUUACAUCAUUAGUGGUGGCGAGGAUGAAUUCAUACCAUCUGAGGAAGAUUGGAUACCACAACGGAAUUCACAAGGAACUGCUAGGGAACAAAGAGAAGAAGCACAAGAGUGGGCUGCUCGUCGUGAUGAGAUUGCAUCUGAAAUGUGGUCAAACAACUAG